UGGGUUGACCUGUUAAAUAGAAUUUCCACAAAAAUGAUAAGGAAAAUAAAAGAAACUCAAUACACGAAACAGGUAGUGAAGAUUGGAUAAACAAUGAAAUGUUUUUGAAUUUACUUAGUAAAGACCUAGUUAAUGUUCAAAAUCGUCUUGUAAAAGAUCUCUUGCAGUUAACUCCACAGAUGAAUUGUAAUGAAUUGUCAAAGAAAUGUCUGGAACAUAUCACAACUCUCCCAAUGGGUACUGGCACUGUAACCACAACCAAACAUGGAACAAUAGGGUUACAGUUACCAUAUGACGUUUCUGUUGAAUUGACUUUAGACGGUUCUGUUCGAUUAACAAACCGGCUGUUGAAUUUGGCAGUUGCAUUUAAUGAGGACAAUACCAAAUCGGCGUUACUUCAUUCUAUUGGUACCAUUUACCAGACUGACAAAACCGUAGAGAUAAGAGCCAAAGAUUUGAUUGGUCACGAUCAUAAAUCGGUGAAACUGUUUCCAGCUGGUGCUUGUUUCACUUCGACAUCCAAUUGUUUAGUUUAUAUAAUAGAUGAAGCAGGAGUUCGGUCAACUAUAAACCCAUUCAAGAUUGCUAGCAACGACUUUUCGUUAGAUGUGUUUUUCGCCAAUUGUCGACACGGUCCGACCUACGUUGAAGAGUGUAAUAAAGCUCUAGCUGAAAUCAAACACGCGGUGACCCAGUUUGAUACGCAUAUUUGGAGGUAUAAAGACAUAGUAGUUAGUCAAACAAAGGAUGGAUCUACAAGAAUAUUGAAAAAUUUAGAAAAUGAAAUAAGAAUGUCACCACAAUGGAAUGCAGUGUCAAUAAUUUCACCACACAUCCAUUGUUCUGCAUCAAUAUCGUCCAACUCUAAUGGUGCCCUCAUGGUUUCUCGGGGGUCGCAUAGCGUUAACUACAAUGGACAAAAGUUGACCGUUCAUUAUAAAAAAAUAGCAUCAGGAUUUGAUGAUUCAGGCCAAGUAGCUAUCUAUUAACACAAUCACUUUAUAUUCUUCUAUAGAUUAUUUUAUUUUCUUAAAUAAAAAGGCUCAUCAUUUA